UCGUCUCGCGUGGUUUCAUCAAUAAAUCCUUAAUCAGCGGAGACACCGGGCUCAUGAACACCGCGGUCUGAAAACUCUGACAUUAGAGAACAGAUGGGCGGGAGCUGAGACAACAGAAGGACAAAGUGACAGAUAGAGCAUAUCCAUGGACGUCGUCUCGCUUCCCGGGUUGGAGAUGACGGAUGAGACGUGGGAGAACGGCAGCUUCGGCAGCCCCACACCCAUACUCCCUCUGUUUCUGCUCAUGUUCAACGACAGCGAUCUAAAUGAGACGUUUUAUAACUCCACCAACUCCCUGAACGCCUCCAACUCCAGCGUCCCCUCAGGUCCCAGCGUGGCAGGCGUCCUCAUACCGCUCAUAUACAUAAUCGUGUGUAUCAUCGGCCUGGGCGGAAACACUUUAGUGAUUCACAUCGUGUUGCACUACUCGAAGAUCGAGUCAGUGACCAACAUCUACAUCCUCAACCUAGCUAUCGCCGAUGAGCUGUUCAUGCUCGGCCUGCCGUUCCUGGCGGUCCAGAACACGCUGCAGUCGUGGCCGUUUGGCUCCUUCAUGUGCCGUCUGGUGAUGACGGUCGACUCCAUCAACCAGUUCACCAGCAUCUUCUGCCUGACUGUGAUGAGCAUCGAUCGCUACCUCGCCGUUGUCCACCCGAUUCGGUCCUCAAAGUGGCGGCGCCCUCAGGUGGCCAAAACAGUGAACGGCACCGUCUGGGCUCUCUCGUUUCUUGUCGUUCUGCCCGUGGUGAUCUUCGCCAACAUCCAGAAGAAGGGAGGGACCUGCAACAUCGCCUGGCCACAGCCGGCCAACAUCUGGGAGGCGGCCUUCAUCAUUUACACCUCCACGGUUGGAUUCUUCUGCCCGCUUCUCAUCAUCUGCCUCUGCUACCUGCUCAUCGUCUUCAAGGUCCGAAGCUCGGGCAAGAAGGUCCACGCCACCUCCACCAAGCGCAGGAAGUCUGAGAGGAAAGUGACGCGGAUGGUUGUGAUUGUUGUCGCCGUGUUCGUCUUCUGCUGGCUGCCUUUCUACGCCCUCAACAUCAUCAACCUGCUGGUGUCCCUCCCGCCAGAGUACCAGGGUCUGUACUAUUUUGUCGUCGUGCUCGGCUAUGCCAACAGCUGCGCCAACCCAAUCGUCUAUGGAUUCCUGUCAGACAACUUUAAGAGGGGUUUCCGGAAAGCGCUCUGCCGCUCCACAAGGAAGGUGGAGAGUCACGAGCCCAUGGAGUGCCAGCAGCAGCAGAAGGAGGGCCGGGCAGCGCUCAUGCCCAGGGAGAGCCUGAGACGGGCGAUCAGGGACGAAGAGGACGACGACGACGACGACGUCUCAGAAAUGACUGAGAUUUACAGGAUCACCCAGAACGGCAACAGCAGCUUCCAGCCGCAGAGCUCGCAGCCACUGUUGCCGGAUAAAGGAGCGACUCCCGGAGCGACGCAGCUGUCAUCCCCGGACAGGAAGGACAAGUCAGGGGACAUAAAGGGGAAAGAUCCCGCCAACGGGUCCACACUGACAGUACCGUUGCUCCUCAAUGGAACCAAAAACGGGAACAUUAAAACUCUACCAGAGGAAAACUUGGAACAGAGCACCUCACUGGAGAUAAGUUACUUAUAGUGUAAAAGAUGUUGCUUUAAGUAUUAUUACAACACACUGAGGAACCCAUUAAAGUAUAUUUAUACAUAUAUUUAAAAUGAGAACUUUUUAAAAAAAAAACAGGCCUUAAAAUUGCAUUUUUUGAUCAAUGGACUGGAAAUUUGUUUAACAUUUGAAAGACUUGAUAAAGUUUUACCAACAUAUAGAAUGUAUCCUGUUUAUAUUGUGUACAUAUGCAUGAAUAUGAAUGUGCAAAGUUGUGCCUUUUAUGACAUUUAUCUUGUUGAUUAUUGUACUUUUUAUUCCAUAAUGUGACAAUCACUUGCUCAAAUUGGACUGUAUUUAAGCUCAAAUCAACAUUCACAACAUUGAUAUACUUUAGUAAUCCCAUGGCUGUAUUUCCAUCUGAAAUAAUUGUUUAUAAAUGUUUUAAGGGAUUAUGUUUGUAAGUAGUUUGGAGGCUGUUGAGG